AUGCUGAGCUACGAUCAGUGGAUAUGGCUGGCACGAUGGACAGUUACAAACAAAUCAUCUCGCCAUCGCGAGGAGUUGAUCGAGCGACAAGGCUUGGGACUAGAGAAUGUUGUGAAAACCUCUGGAAUGUUAUGGAUCCCUCCUAAUAAGAUGGACUGGCAGCGUGGCUAUCUUGCACUUGACGUACUCCUUGACUUGUACAUUCCGCGAAGUCCUUUGCAUCCUCGAAUCGCCUCUCAGCUUAACAUUUAA